CAAAACAUCAAGAUAAUUCGCCGCAAGUUAAAUGGCUUUGUAGGUUUUGCUAAUUUGCCCAAACAAUGGAACAGAAAGUCAAUUCGUCGUGGUUUUAACUUCAACUUUAUGAUAAUUGGUGAAAAUGGUCUAGGUAAAACAACUUUGGUCAACACUCUAUUCAACAGAUCUUUAUUCCCUGAAAAGGACCCAAAGGAUCCUGCUUCUGAGCCCCCAUCUUCUGUUGAAAUUGAAACUGUUAGUGCUGACAUAGAAGAAAAUGGCGUUAAAUUACACUUGACCGUAAUUAGCGCUCCAGGCUUUGGUGAUGCAAUUAAUAAUACUGAUUCAUGGCAACCAAUCGUUGAUGAAAUCGACCAAAGAUUCAAUACUUAUCUUGAUGCUGAAAACAAAAUCAAUAGAACAACCAUCAUCGACAACAGAAUCCACGCCUGCAUUUAUUUCAUCGAGCCAACUGGCCAUUGCUUAAAACCUCUCGAUAUAACCUUUAUGAAAAACGUCCACACUAAAGUCAACUUAAUCCCAGUUAUAGCAAAAUCAGAUACUCUCACUGAAGAGGAAAUCGCUUCUUUUAAACAAAGAAUCAUGGAAGACAUCAAAACUCAAGGUAUAAACAUCUUUUCUCCUCCAAAAUACGAAAAAGAUGACGAAGAAACAAUUUUAAAUACUCAUGAAUUAAUGUCCAAGGUUCCCUUCGCUGUUGUCGGUUCAACACAUGUUCUACAAACUCCCGACAAGAGGGUUGUUAGAGGCAGAUCCUACCCUUGGGGUGUCAUCGAAGUUGAUAACGAAGAUCACAACGACUUUAUUAAAUUACGUCAACUAUUAAUCAGAGAUUACUUGGAAGAAUUGCGUGAAACAACCGCUCACAUCCUUUACGAAAACUAUAGAACUGAUAAAUUAUCCUCCUUGGGUAUCAAACAAGAUAACUCUGUCUUCAAAGAAUUCGACCCUAUACAAAGAGCUGAAGAAGAAAAGAACCUACACGCCGCAAAAUUAGCUAAAAUGGACCAAGAAAUGAAAACCGUUUUACAACAAAAAGUAGCUGAAAAGGAAAAGAAAUUACAAAAAUCUGAAGCUGAAUUGUUCUCAAGACAUAAAGAAAUGAAGGACAAAUUAUUAAAACAAAUCAAAAUCCUCGAAGAGAAAAAACGUCAAUUGCAAGCCUCUCAAAGACCAACUCAUUCCGAGCAACCUAAAGGUCGUAAAGGUUUCUUACGUUGA